GAAUCAGACUUGCUUGCGGUUUACUUAACAAUAUAAUUUCAUUGCCGACAAAACAGUUCAGUUAGCUUUGAUUAUCUUUCUCGUCAGUCGUCAGUCUUUGUGUUGAAUGUUGAGCUGUUAAUUCCAAAGCACAAACUUACACUUGCUCUAUUUGGAUGCUAUUACAGUGCUUCAAUUUUGCAUAUUUCCGGUUUAUUAAGGAUCAAGAAUGUGGCAGCUUUACUCAGUUUUUCUAAGCGUCAUAGUUGUCGCCCACUCAUCAACUUCUCAAAAUGAAAAUUAUUUUCUCACUGAUGAGUUCAUUGAUUCUAUCAACAAGGCACAAUCAACUUGGACAGCUGGCAGAAACUUUCAUGAAAACACCGACGUUUCUUAUAUUAAGAAACUGAUGGGUGUGCUCCCAAACUAUAAAAACUACAUGCCUUCUGAGAUCCAGGAACAUCAAUUGGAUGAUAUAGAGAUAGCGGAUUCGUUUGAUUCCAGGGAACAAUGGCCUCAUUGUCCCACGAUACGCGAAAUCAGAGACCAGGGGUCAUGUGGGUCAUGUUGGGUAAGUUAUCAACAGCUAUAUUGCGUUAGUAUUUUAGUAUUUGGUGCAAAACUGUUUCGUAAAUAUUGGUCAUACACAAGUCGCAGAAAAUACGUAGUAUCAUAAGUAUUAAAUUGAAUUGCUACUGUAAGCGGGGCCCAAAAUUUCUUGUUGAUUAAAAAACAAUAUAUGGAAAGUAUAAGUCGGUUUUAAAAGCGUGCUUUUGGUGCAGUGGAAGCAAUGUCAGACAGGGUAUGCAUCCACUCCAAAGGCAAAGUGAACUUCAGAUUCUCUUCUGACGACUUGAUUUCCUGCUGCUGGACCUGUGGAAUGGGAUGCAAUGGAGGUUAUCCAGGGGCUGCCUGGCACUACUGGGUCAGAAAGGGACUUGUGUCUGGAGGACCAUAUGGAUCUCACAUUGGUUGCCGCCCCUACGAAAUUGCUCCUUGCGAACACCACGUGAACGGCAGUCGUCCACCCUGCGAAGGUGACGGAGGCAAAACACCCAGAUGCAACAAGAAAUGCGAAGAAGGCUAUGACGUCCAAUAUGACAAAGACAAGCAUUACGGUGCCAACGCAUACUCUGUUUCCAGCGACCCCAAGCAGAUACAGGCUGAGAUCAUGAAAAAUGGACCUGUCGAAGGAGCUUUCUCUGUCUACUCAGACUUUGUCAAUUAUAAAAGCGGAGUGUACGUCCACACCACAGGUCAUUUCUUAGGAGGGCACGCCAUAAGAAUCUUUGGAUGGGGCGUCCAAAACGAUACACCCUACUGGAUCGUAGCAAACUCCUGGAACUCAGAUUGGGGCGACAACGGCACCUUCAAGAUUCUGAGAGGAAAAGAUCACGUUGGUAUUGAAAGUGGAGUAGUCGCUGGAAUUCCCAAAGAUAGAUAGAAAUGAAAGUAACAAUUACAUUGAUACUCAUACAGUUAGGAUAUGUUCAGACAAUAUUGUUAGAAACAUUAUUUAAAAUAAAGAAAUUAGUAAGCUAAUAAA